AUGUGGCGUGCACGCAUUGCGUGCAGCGGUUUCGUUUUAUAUUUUGCGAGGCGGUCUGUGGUGGUCCCGUCCAACACCGAUGCGGAGGAAUUGUUUCAGCGCAUUGUGCGCCCAAAUUCUGACGAGGACACGAACCGUUGCCUCUCAGGCAGCAUGCUUGUGAGCUGCGUUGCGGCAAUUGAACUCAGACGGCAGCAAAUGGGAGUGAAGGGGAAACUUGGCCCAAUGGACGUCUUUCUGGGGAACGACAUGUUGGAGUUCCUUGUGGCGCUUAGUAAAAUGUGCGAUCGACGAGGCUCCCUCGCCGUUGUAGAGGGCCUUUGUUCCAACGUCCAUGAUGACUUGCAGGAAAGUAACCGCGUCGCAUUUGCUGUAAAAACGCUAUUGAACGCAUUGGAUAUUAUUUGCAGCUUCUCCAAUGGCGCUUAUCAACGGAGUUUUGCCGUUGAUGCGGUCAAGUUGCUGCAGUUAGAGUUGAGUUUGCUGGAAGUUCUUGUGCGGGUGGAGGGCGGUGCUCACGGGAACGUGCAGGAAGCCUGCUACCACAUGCAAAGGAUGCAACAUGUGCUGGAGAAUAGGGGAAUAUACACUUUAAGUGCGGUGGAGCAGAGGCGAUGGAUGAGGAGAAUGCGAUGGCUUACUACUGUGACGUACUCGCAUCUUAAAGACUGUUCCCAUGAGGAAGAGGAAGCAUUCAAGCGCACCCUGCGUUUGUUGUACGGUGGGGAAGGGACGUUUGGAUACAUCAACAAGCUUCGUUAUGCUGUCGGUGUUCUUCUGCCGUUUCUUCUGAAGAAUGCUGCGACGAUGAUGAAAGGAAGGAAAUGGCAAAGGAAGAGGAACGCAGCGUGUAAACUGGGGAAUAAAUUGCCUCCACAAAAGUGA